UAAAUUCUGAUUUACCGAAAGUCACGUGCACCAUUUACUGACAGUGUUUGACCCCAGCCCUUGUUGAAUUCCAAAGGUAAGCUACUUCCAAAAGACCCACAAGCCUGUGAAGUUCUCUUCCCUGAAAGAUCCCUAGAAUUACCUUAGUAUCCAGUCUACAUUCUUGUGAAGCAUGAAGUCCUUGGCUCUAGCCUUAAUCCUGUGUGUGCUGCUUCCACUGUUCCAUGCUUUUUGCUACAUGAAGCCUAUGACCUUGAAGCCAGGCAUGAUUACCCAUUGUCGUGAUGACAAAGAUGAGACAUGGCAUCCUAUUGGUUCCAGCUGGAGGAACAGUGAUUGCAUGGACUGCACUUGUAAUUCAUGCUGCUCGGGGUAUGCAACUCCCGUAGAUUUUCCUGAUGAUUGCAUGAAGGAGUGGGACCAAAAGGCAUGUGAAUUCAAGGUGGUUAAGAAGAGUGAUCCCUCCAUUUCAUGCCCUGUCUUCGGCUCUGUGGGGAAGUGAAUUGUUUACUUCGCUAUGUUCUCAGUAUACAAUGAAUAAAAUAUGUUGUCAGCUUACUUUGUGUCAAAUGUGAAUGUUCUGGUGUCUGACGAAUUGGAUUGGUUGAAAUGAAAUGGUAAAAACAUCAUGAUACAAAUGAAAAAUAAAGAUACGUGUUAGUGUGCAACUUUCUGUUUCAUUUGUAAAGAUCCUCCUCUGUUACUCAGCACCUCACCUUAGGGUGUCCGUACUUUAUUUACUUCAAGAACGUCAUGAUAGAUGUUAACUGUCAUUUACUGCCGGAAAAAUAUCAAUACACAAAGAUGUGAGAGUGUUUUUGUAAGGUCUAGUUUAAGCCAGUAAAUAAACGACUUCAAAUGGCUAUUUGCAGGUUGCAGUGUUGCAUAAUGGACCUUUCAUUCAAAUUUACCCAAAAGUUUACACAACCUUUACUGACAGUGUUAGUUUCAGGUCAUUGACAUAUUUGUUUUGUGGUUAUGAUAUUUUUAGUUAAUCUAUUCCCAAUGCAGAAGAAACGGAAUGUAACAGGUUUGAAGUUUAGAGGGGUUUACUACAUAGCAACCAGAAAUAACAAUUGAUUUUAUGAUUUAUUAAAUGUAUUUUCGUUUGUUAAAUCAAUUAGACCAUGCCCAUUUCAAGGUUAUCUUUCUACACAUUAAAAAGUUAAAAUCAGUAUAUUUAUGCUGGUUUAUAGUAUACUCACUCCUCAGGUAAACAGACUGAAACUCUCAGAAAGACAAACACGCCAUCUAGUGGUGACAGUCAGUAUGACUAGGUUCCAUACCAGGAGAAUAUCAAAUAAAACUGUAUUUGUCACAUGCACCGAAUACAACAGUUGUAGACUUAACACUAAACAUUUAAUGGUAAAGUCUACACCUGUUGUAUUUAGUGCAUGUGUCAAAUACAAUUAGAUUUGAUUUGAUCUUAUGAGCUCCUGGUAGUGAUUGACACCACUAGAUGGCAGUAGAAGGCGAUAGUUUGUCUUUCUCUCACCUCUGUCUUCAUUAUUGCCUCAACCAUGAGAAAAAAGGAAAAGAAAGUCAGGGAGUCGUGGAAGGAGGCUUUAAGUUAGACACAAUUACAUGGGUUUCUCUGGAGCUGCCUGGAAUACACUUCCACUGUCCUACUUCCCAACAGUAUGAAAAGAGCAAAAGAAAAAGGCGAGAUAAGAGGAGUGUGCUGCUGUGAGGCUCAGUACAUGUGUGUGUAGCCUGUGCUUGCCCCAAGCCAGUGAUGAGAGCCUCCUGACUCAAUUGAGACAGACUGGAUUCAUAGCAUCAGUGCAUUCUCUGCCUUCCACUUCACCCUUUUGGAUUAGUUAUGUUCAAUGCUGAAGAAUAUUGGAUGAAGAUACAGAAAUAAGCAAUCCUUUUUUCUCCGCUUGUUUUCCAAGGUGGUGUUAAUCUUCCUCUCACGUGAAAUAGCUCCUCCAAACUGGAAUAAUGUAUUUAUAUGGGUGCAGAGGCUCCUGGUUACCAGUGCUGCUUGGUGCUGUAAGUGCGCUGGUGGUGCUGACAGCUGGUAACGCUUGGCACAACCAGGACAGAGGUCAGGGUGAACCAUCCUGCUUCGGGGGCUUUGACCUCUACUUCGUUCUGGACAAAUCUGGGAGUGUGCAGCACCACUGGGUUGAAAUCUAUCACUUUGUGGAACAUCUGGCUCACAAGUUCAUAAGUCCACAGCUGCGCAUGUCCUUCAUUGUGUUCUCUACUGAGGGACGGAUUUUGAUGCGGCUUACAGAGGACAGGGAGCAGAUUCGAAAAGGUCUGGAGGAGCUCCAGAGGGUACUUCCAGGUGGAGACACCUUUAUGCACGAAGGCAUCCAGAGGGCCAGUGAGCAGAUAUACUAUGGAAACUCUGAAGGAUACCGUACCGCAAGUGUCAUUAUCGCUCUCACAGAUGGGGAGCUGCAUGAGGACCUCUUCUACUAUGCUGAGAGGGAGGCCAACCGAUCGCGGAGUCUGGGUGCCUCAGUAUACUGCGUGGGGGUGAAGGACUUCAAUGAGACACAGCUGGCAAUGAUUGCUGAUAGCAAGGACCAUGUCUUCCCAGUGAAUGAUGGCUUUGAAGCACUGCAGGGGGUCAUUGAUUCGAUCUUAAAGAAGUCCUGUAUUGAGAUCCUGGCAGUGGAACCCUCCAGUAUCUGUGCAGGAGAAACGUUCCAGGUGGUGGUGAGAGGAAAUGGCUUCCUCCAUGCUCGGAAUGUCCAUAAGGUCCUGUGCAGUUUCCGAAUCAACGACACACUCACCAAGAGUGUGAAGCCAUUAAUAGUGGAAGAUACAUAUCUCCUCUGUCCUGCCCCUAUUCUACAGGAAGAGGGAAUGGCAGCCAACCUCUAUGUCAGCAUGAAUGAAGGUCUUAGUUUCAUCUCCAGUUCAGUCACCAUUACAACUGUGAGCUGUUUUGAUGGAACCAUCCUGGCCAUCGCCCUGCUCAUCCUCAUGAUGCUCUUAGUCUUCAUGCUGCUCUGGUGGUUCUGGCCUCUCUGCUGCACUGUGAUGAUCCAUGAGCCACCACCAGUCCUGGAAGACAGUUCGGAUGAGGAAGAAGAUGGGAUGCCCAAGAAGAAGUGGCCCACGGUUGAUGCUUCCUACUAUGGGGGCAGAGGUGUGGGUGGAAUCAAAAGGAUGGAGGUGCGUUGGGGUGAGAAAGGCUCUACUGAGGAGGGAGCCAAGCUGGAGAAGGCCAAGAACGCCAGGGUGAAGAUGCCCGAGCAGGAGUUUAUACAGACCCCGACUCGCAUCCUCAACAAUGGCACGUGCAAGCCUCCUGGCCCUCAUAAGUGGUACUCACCAAUUAAGGGCAAGCUGGAUGCUCUGUGGGUUUUGGUGAGGAAAGGCUAUGACCGUGUGUCUGUGAUGCGACCACACCCAGGAGAUAAGGGCCGAUGCAUGAACUUCACCCGGGUCAAGUCCAAUCCUCCUCGCUACCCCCACUACAACCAUCACUCAGCCCCCAUCUACACCCCUCCAAGAGGCUACAACCCACCACCCCCCCAAGGCAAAUUCCCCCUUCCCACCGGCAGCCCCCCAGCCUCCCCCUCUCCAUCCUCCACCUCCACACUGCCUCCACUGCCCUCAAAACCCCCUCCUUUUUCUACCACUCCUCUUCCUCCCAUUACUCCACCUCCUACCAUCACACCCCCACCUUACACUCCUCCUCCAACUCCAGCCCUCCCUCCAACCACUCUGCAUAUACCCCCUCCUCCUAUGUGCCCCCCUUCCCCUCCACACCCUGCAUCCCCAACCAGCUCCCUGCCCCCACCCGCUCAGGCCCCUCCUCCAGGACAAGGCCCCCUGCCCCCACCCCCUGCCCGCCCACCACCACGCCCCUCUUUGUAAAUCCUCAGCAGUGAUUGGGAGGGAAGGGGUUGACUAGUACUAGUACAAGGAAGAUCAACAGGAAUCACAACUGUCCCCUCAUUCUACUGCCACCCAGGAUAUCUGUGUGGCUCACACACUUGUCAGCUAUUUGUUUACAGUGGCCCAUGUACACAUGUAGGUCAAGAGUACAAAGAGAAGUUGUACUUGAGGUUCCACGGAUAUCACCUGAUGGACAGCUUUCCUUAUAGACAGAUCUAUGUUGUCCAUAGCUGGUCAGGUCUGCACAAAACACAGUUACCUUGUCAUGGCAAUAAGGGCUAAGCACAUCUGUCCAUUCUACAACCAACAGAGAAUGGAUCGAUAUCAUCGUAACAAAGUAAAGCCAAGUGUUGGAUGGUUGCCUGUUUUAAAAAAUGAACUGAGGCUCUUGAGAGAUGGCUGAGGUAUUAAGUUCAGAAAUAAAUUGAGAGAUGUCUCCAAAUGACAUUCCAAUAAUGUAUCAGUCUGAAUUUUCCACAUGCAAUAUUUGUUUUUCACUAACAAACAAGUUAUUAUGAGCAGCGGAAGGAUUCUUAGAAUCACAAAAAUGUUCUAGUGUCAAUGCCCUGCUGCAUUGCACAAUUACUGUCAAGUCGAUGACAAUGUUUCUUAAUGACAGCAUAAAGGAUGAUUUUACGCCUUAAAUGUGCCUUUAAUUAAAAACAGAAUGUUAUUGGAGAGCAAUUACAUUCCAGUGGUUUAAGUAAUUUGUUCAUCCAUGUGACAGUUUGAUUCAUAUGAUGGGUCUUGGUUAGUUUAUAGCAUUCCUAAAAUGUUUUAUACAUAUAGCGUGUAUAAAUAUGUCUUACUUUUUGUCUUUGUAUUGUCCAUUCAGUGUUGGAUAACUAUUUUGCAGAGUAUGAUUGCUGUGGUGAAUGAAAUAAUCCUCACGAAUAAAUUACAAUAAAUGUGUGCAUACGAGUCCUCACAAUUAUGCCAAAUUCCUCAGAAUCAGCACUAUCAAUGGUUAAUGUUAUAUAGUUGGGUUUACAAUGUUGUAUUUCAUCUCAAAAUGUUAUGACGUAUAUAUCCUUGGCCUUCCCGAAAAAAUGUUUAAAAAUGUUUUCGUCAUUGCUGCUCCUGUGGUUCAAUGUGGUUUAUUGAAGUCACAUUUUUAAAAAAUAAUCUAAUUACAUAUUGUGUAACUGACCAAAGAAUAUCAUAGGGUAACGAUAGUUAGCCUCUGAACCGGGCCAUGACGACUUCAACUAUUGAUGCCAAGUCUAUUGGCAGUCUAUGGGUCAAAGUAUUCCAAGCACAAGUUGGAUUAUGUAAUGCUUUGAGUUGCCCAUAAAACAGGAUGAGUUUUAUGUAAACACACUCUAUAUGUCUUAUCACACCCAGACACACAUGUUGGCAGGCAUCUGCAUGUGUGGUUCUGUGCCAGUGACUGGGAUCUUGUCCACACAAUGGAUCAGAAUCUCCCCUGCAGCAUCAGACACUUUACUAUACCUCCAGAUGAGGUGUAACAUAGACCAGGCCUUCUGUCUGUCCAUAAGAGGAAGACUGGAGACAAUCAUGGAAAGUUGGCUUUGUAUUGAGUCAAGUUCAUGAAAGUACAUAUUGAUGUACAGAUGUCUGAUUUUGUAUAGUUAAAGGCGCAUCCAAAUAUUUAGCAAUCUGAAUAUGUGUAGCAAAGGAAGGUAUUUUAUGUUGGGUCUAGAAAACUUGAAGUGGAGUCACUCUGUGUUCCUUUGUGAAGGAAUCCUAUUUUCAUUACUUAUUGACUUUACAUGCACCUGCCAGGCUCUCAGGUCAAAAGAAGUGUACUGGAGACUGGAAAGCAAGGCAGUAUAAGCAAGUACAGAUUUAGCUGUCAUUUCUAUGUAACCAAUUGUCAUUUAGAAUUUAUGAAGUAAACGUUGAAUCCUUUAA